AUGUUGCGGCGGAGCCGCGUGCAAAGGCUCGUUGCCUUUGCCAUUCGACCACUUCUACUCGCUGUCUGCGUGUCGUUGUUUUGCCGGGGUCGAAGGAUUUUCUCAUCCAGCACGCCUAACAACCCACACCCGCAUAUAGAGAAGGCGCUCGUGAUAGCGUCGACCAGCUCCUCGAACCUGACCUGGCUACCGGCCGCCCACAGCGCGUAUUGGACACCGCGCGUAUACGUGACGGACGACCCGGCGGCGGAGUACCGCGUGCCGGUGAAUAAGGGCAAUGAGGCUAUGGCGUACCUGACGUUCAUCAUCGACCAUUACGCACAUCUCCCGGACGUCAUGUUCUUCCAUCAUGAUCAUUUGCAGGCUUGGCAUCAGCUGUUCUCGUCUGAGUUCGAGCUUGCCCAUCUUAAUCCGGAGACGGUGCGGGAGCAGGGCUACGUGAGUCCGCGCUGCUUGCCGGGCUGCGAGAAUAUUAUCGAGUUGUCGGGCGAUGUGGUACCGUUAGCGGAUUUGAAGGGUGCGAAUCGAGAUGUGCAGAUCUCGACGGUGCUGCAUGAGUUCUUGCGUGAUGAUCAGGGAAGGAAGAUGGAUGUCCCCGGGAAGAUUGCAGCGCCGUGUUGUGCGCAGUUUGCAGUCAGUAGGGAGGCGGUGUUGAGGAGGCCGCUCGAGACAUGGGUUGCGCUGAGGAAGUGGUUAAUGGAGACGGAAUUGGACUCAAGGAGUAGUGGGAGGGUGCUUGAGUAUACUUGGCACUUGUGGCUUGGCAUGGAGCCAGUUUUUUGUCCGAAGGAGGAGCAGUGUCUGUGUGAUGUUUAUGGGCUUGGGAACGCGUGCGUAUAG